AUGUCGUCGACCCCUGAAAACCCUAUCAAUCCCGACUCCGAUUCCGAAAUCGAUAACUUUCCGAACCCUAAUCCUGAUUAUCCUUCCGAUUCACUGCGCACGCCCAAACCGCCGAGCAAAACCGCCAUUUGCCUAAUUGGAUCUGCAGGUGACACUGCCGCCGGUGCUUUCAUGGGCUCCAUCUUUGGCUUUGGCUCUGGAUUGAUUAAGAAGAAAGGAUUUAAAGGCUCUUUUGCUGAGGCGGGGUCUUCUGCGAAGACAUUUGCGGUUUUAUCAGGAGUGCACAGUUUAGUCGUCUGUGUUUUGAAGAGAUUUCGGGGAAAAGAUGAUGUCAUAAAUGCAGGAGUGGCUGGAUGUUGCACUGGCCUUGCCCUAAGCUUUCCUGGUGCUCCACAAGCUCUACUCCAAAGCUGCCUGACGUUUGGGGCUUUCUCAUUCAUAAUUGAAGGUCUUAACAAGCAACAACCAGCACUUGCUUCCUCACUUAAAAUGGGUGUCAACAAGCAACACUAUGGGGAGCUUCCUCCUUUAUCACUUGCCCUCCCAAACGAGCUCAAGGAGUCAUUUUCGUCAUUUUGCCGGUCCAUUAGAAAAUGA